UCCUAGCUAAACGAACAUUGCAUUUACUUACGUUCCUCAGAUGAAAUGAAAAGACUUACUAGAUAACUAUCGGUGGUGGUGCUAGGAAGGAAAUGCAAGGAGAAAAUUUCACUGUUUGGAGCCUUUUUUUCCUGGAGGGAUUUUCCCGGUACCCAAGGUUAGAGAUUGUUCUGUUUGUCUUCAGCCUUGUAAUGUAUUUGGUUACCCUCCUGGGUAAUAGUACUCUUAUUUUAAUCACUGUCCUGGAUUCGCGCCUUCAAACCCCCAUGUACUUGUUUCUUGGAAACCUCUCUUUCAUGGAUAUCUGUUACACAUCUGCUUCCAUUCCCACUUUGCUUGUGAACUUGCUGUCAUCCAAGAAAACCAUUAUCUUUUCUGGGUGUGUGGUGCAGAUGUACCUAUCCCUUUCCAUGGGAUCCACGGAGUGCAUACUUUUGGCUGUGAUGGCCUAUGACCGUUAUGUGGCCAUCUGCAACCCGCUGAGGUACCCCAUCAUCAUGAACAGGCAAGUCUGUGUGCAGAUGGCCACCGUCUCCUGGGUGACAGGCUGUCUCACUGCCCUGCUGGAAACUAGUUUUGCCCUGCAGAUUCCCCUCUGUGGAAAUGUCAUCGAUCACUUCACAUGUGAAAUUCUGGCGGUGCUAAAAUUAGCUUGCAUGAGCUCACUACUCAUGGACAUGGUUAUGCUGGUGGUCAGUAUUCUCCUUCUGCCCAUUCCAAUGCUCUUGAUUUGCAUCUCUUAUGGCUUCAUCCUUUCUACGAUUCUGAGAAUCAGUUCAACAGAGGGAAGAAACAAGGCUUUUUCAACUUGUGGUGCACACUUGACUGUGGUGAUCUUAUAUUAUGGAGCUGCUCUCUCCAUGUACCUGAAGCCUUCUUCAUCAAACUCACAAGAAAUAGACAAGAUCAUCUCAUUGCUUUAUGGAGUGCUUACCCCUAUGUUGAACCCAAUAAUUUACAGCUUAAGAAACAAAGAAGUAAAAGAUGCUGUGAAAAAACUGCUGGGCAAGGUGCCAUUGGUACCAAGUGUGUGACUCUCCCAAGGAUUUGCCAUUGGCAGAACUCAGCAGAGAAAUUCUAAACACCAUUCAGCCCUUUUGGAUUCUGACCUGAAUAUUAGCUCUGAAAAUUCACAGUCAUGAGGUAUUUGUACACAGAGUAAUUUAUUAUGGAUGUAGUAGGUCCCAAUGUUCACCUACUAAUAUUUCUUGUCUUUGGUGCCUCAUAGUUGGGAGGGCAUCAAUUCAGUCACUGAACAUUUGCUGCAAAAGCAAACUUAGAUAAAUGUAGUCAGUGAAUCUUAGUGCCAGAAGAAAUAUCUUCUUUGUUCCAAUCACUUGUAGAAUGGGGUAGGAGCCUAAAGAUAUAAACCAAACAACUAAAGGAAUAAUAAAGAUGUUGGCUUGAUUUUGAAAGCAAGGAAAUGAAAUUAAAGGAAAAUGAAAAGACUUGGUCAACACUGCACUGUGCAAACUUUGAUGACAGUCCCCCUGUGACUUCUUGGGCAGCGCUUAUUCUGCUCCGUGGUGGUAGCUUCUUUAGUGCUCAUUAAAACCCCAUCUUCCCGAGGAAGGAUCUAAUAAGGCCCGCUUCAUACCUGCCUGCCAACUUUGCUUUUUCUAGGCAAACCUGUCCCUGUGAAAUUAUACUUUCUGUGUAUUAAAUCUGUUCAUUCAUUCAUUGUAUUUUUCUUCAUUGGAUGACUGACUUCACAAUGGCUAUCAUGGAAACUUUUGUUCUAGAAACAACAUUUUUUUUCCAUAGACACCUCAGCCAUCCCAGUCUAAUUGUACAAACACUCCCUGCUACUUUCAAUGGCAUUUUUUGAGGUGAAAUUUUAGAGCAGGCUUUCACUAGACUGGUAUUAAAUUUGCCUUUAGAAUAACUGAAUUGUCUGUUCUCGAACUUGUUACAAUUGUGCUAAAUAUAAACAAUAAUGGAGACAGAGACAGAUGAAAUCUUAACUGAAAGCAUGACACUGAAGAGAACCUGGAAACACAGAGGUGGAGCAGCCCCAUGUGAUAUAUCUGCUUUGCUACAAGGAGGUGAGCACAUUGACAUGGGACCAAAUCUUCUGACUGGCAUAUGACCAGAAGAGGACAGACAGGCAUCGCAAGUGUCAGAAGAGGAACAUGGGAGAGACUGGGCAGCUAGCUCUUCAGCAGAGCUCCGCUAAGGCAAUAGUGAUCCAGCUGCA